UGUGCGUGACAACCGGGGCAGGUGUUUGUUUGGUUAAUACUCGGUGUAUUUUCUCUUUUCACUGCUGGCUUAAACUCACUCUACGUGUUUCCGUUUGUUGACGUCUUCUUCUUCUUCUUCUACUGCUGCUGAGGGUUUCAGUCUAAACUCAGUAUGACGUUUAAAGCCUCCACUAAACAGACUCCAACGUGUUCAAGCUGACAGGACAGGAGCAUAAAUUUAUUUUGAAGCUUUUUUUAGAGAUUUGAAGAGGAAACACCUGCUGGAACAGCGUUACUAUUACUGCUGCUUCUGUCUGAACAGAAAUGCAGAAAUCCAGAAUGAACGCUUAAAAACUACAAAUUCAAGAAAAAGAAGAAGAAAGAAGGUUAUUCAGAUUGCAUUUUUUCUUUUUGGACAAAGGAUGGAGCUAAAAGGACAAAUGGCGGAGUGUCUGUGGCUACUCUUGCUAAAUGCUAUGUGUCUACAGGCCGCGUUUGUGGAGCCUCCCCAGCCCGUCAUCUCCCUGCGCUCCAUGGCCGAGAGUCAGACCAGACUGCCCUGUCGAUACCAGGUAGAGGCGGGGGAGAAGGUGGUGCAGGUCACCUGGCUGAAAGCGCUCCCAGACGGCAGCAAGGAGCAGAUCAUCACCGCUCACUUCACAGACGGACAUACAGAGUUUGGGCGUUACUCCGGCCGGGUGAGGUUUGAGGGCGGAAGUCCCACGGAGAACUCAGCUCUGCUCAUCCCGAGCACAGAGGAGUCGGACGAAGGCAGCUACACCUGCCACAUCUCCACCUUCCCCAACGGGAACUUUGAGCGGCACAUCAAGCUCACCGUCUGGAUUUUACCCAUCUCCUUUCUGGAGCCGGCGCUGCUAGUCGAGGGCCAGUCGUUCCGUGUGGCUGCCUCAUGUCGAGCUGUGGGCCGCCCGCUUCCCCGUCUCUCCUGGGACACUGACCUGCCGGGACAGUCCACAAACCGCACCAGUGUGGGGGGGUCAGUGUCCAGCUACUACUCUCUGCACCCUCUGCGCAGCAUGAAUGGGAAGAAGCUGGACUGUCUGGUGUGGCAUCCUGGCCUGGAGCAGCCACGCAGGAUCUCAAACCGCCUGGUGGUUCAAUAUCCUCCGGAUGCCACCAUCUCUGCUACGAGGGCUGACUGGUUUGCAGGUUUGGAGAGAGCCGAGCUGGUGUGCAGCAGCGGAGGACACCCCAAACCUGAGAACUUCACCUGGACACGGAGAGGAGGAGACCUGCCUGAUGGGACAUCUGUGAUUGGAGGGAGGCUUGUGUUUGGGCGGGCUCUUCGUAUGAAUGACAGCGGGGUCUAUGAGUGUGAGGCCAGGAACAACGUGGGAGCAGGAAACACAGAGUACAAGUUGACUGUCACUGAAAAAUCUCUGCAAACGCAGCCUAUUGACAAACAGCUGCUGAUCAUUAUCGGGGCCUCAGCUGGAGCAUUGAUCAUGGUCCUAAUCAUUGUCGUCCUGCUGGUCAACCGCUACCACCGGCACAGAAACAAGAAGCUGGAGAGGGAGCUCAGCGAAAAAACGGAGGAAAUUAACAGUUUCUCCAGACAGGCCUCCUUCAGGAGACUCAACUCUGUAAGCACAGACCCCAGAGUGACGCCGGAGGAUUACGCCAUGCUCAGAGUAGACAGCCGAAUGAAGAACAGUGAAAUGUCUCUGGAGCGUCCCAUCUACAAAGGCAGCCAGUCCACUCUGGGGGGGAAGUGGGGGCCUGCAGGAGGGGUUGAGGUGGACGAACUGGGGCGUCCCGUCGUCUGGCACGAUGGCAGGGAGAGUCUGAGAGGAGCAGAGAUGGACGGAGAGAAGGAGGAGCGCAGGAGGAGGGUGGAGUCAUACCUGAAGAACAGCAACAUGUCACUGGACUCAGGUUUGCCCUCUUCACUGGUUCCCCUGAAGGCCCAGCAGGAAGACGGCGUCGGAGCCAGAGACCCGGACCUGACCCAUCUCAGGGAGGGAGACUCGCCUCCUGAAGAGGAGUGGGCCCCCAACCAGUCAGCAGAGGAAAACCCAGAUGAUGGGGUCGACGAAGACAGCAGCUCCUAUCAGAUCUCUGAGGCUCUGACAAAUCACUUUUACUACAGUAACGGGGUCCUGAGGCCCAGACCGCACUCCAACGCCAUCCUGCUGCACCCAAAAGGACAGAUCAUCUAGAGCAUGGACUCCAAACAAGGAAUCUGCAUUAAGAAGACCUCAUAGUUAUGAGAUGUUUGUUUUGAAUAGAGACAACCAAGCUUUGAUUAUUUUUACCUCGGACGUUUGAGCUUUAUAAAAGAUUAUUUUUUGGCUUUUGCCUUUUUUAAACAGCUGAAGAUAGACAAGAGAUAAGGAAACAAGGAUCCUGAAUUUUAUGUUUUAGGGGGGCUUUUUGCCUUUAUUUUUAUUACUUACUUUUUAUUCUAGAAUAGCUGAAGAGAGACAGGAAAUAUGGGGAGAGAAAGUGGGGGAAGACAUGCACAAAACAUACACGGACGGGGAAUUAAUACUAUAAGCGGUGCGUUGAGGACUAUAGCCUUCCUAUAUGGACACCUGCUUUACCCACUGAGCCAAAGCAGUGCCCCUGAAUUUUUAUUUUUCAGUCUGAAGCCUAUCAUUUAACAAUUUGGAAGAUUUAGAUUUUUUCUAGAAAGAAAAGAGAAGAACAGUGGAAAAUAGCUGAGAGCAAAAAAGAUUAUUUAACUCUCGUAAGAUAUAUAAGACCCAAAAGAUGGAAGAUGCUCAGAGCCCUUUUCCUUUAAAAUGGAAGCAUGCAAGAAUAACAGGUCUUGUUACACAAUGUUUACUGCAUAUUUUUGUGCAAAAUGCUCUGGUUAUAACACAAACUGACACGUGUAAAUAUGCAAACUUCAAAAAUCCAGCGAGUUUUUAGUUCCUUGUUUACAUCAAAGAUAAAUAUGGUUUAAGAUCCCAGGGAUCAACCAGUUUGGAGUAAAGUGCACUCAAAACUUCAGCUUGGAUGCAGCUGUGGAUAAGAAGCUCAUGUAUAUUUUGUUAUAUAUGUAAAAGGAAUAAGAUAAUAGGAGUUACUAUGUGUUUAUGUUGAUGUCUAAUAGCUGUGUGUUACUGCAGAAAAGCUGUCAACC